AUGAAAGACAAACGAAAUCGAAAGCACAACUCGCCUUGGAACUCGCGAUUUGAUCAUUCCCCUCAAUGUCAGAGCUGGGCAUCAUCGAUAAUCGCACACCGAGCCCUGUCGCGUGUCCAUAGUCCUGAUUACUUGGAUUCGUGUCGCCGAGCUCUCAAGUUGGCGGCGGAAAUUUUUGCAGAUCAAUCACGCGAAUGUCUUUCAAUAAUAGGCGGAGAUGUGUUGCCAGAAGAAAUUUGCCAAAAAAUCGUUCGCAUGGCAAUCUUCAGCGAUAAAGAAACCCUUCGAAAUGAGCAGUUGAAAAAGCUCGGAGUAGCAGUUUACUUGAUCUACGAAUCCCUUCUUCGAAUGCUUGCUGGUGAUAUCUCCGAAGCAUCCUGCUGGUCGCCGCUUUCCUUCAUCUCCCGUCUUCACUUGCUGAACGAGGCGAUUGACGAGUAUUGCUUUACGAGAAAUGAAAAGCCGUCUUAUAAGCUUCUUCAUCCGUUGCCGGGGUCGUACUUGAUCACUUGUCCUUAUGCGUGGCCUUGGGUUCCGCUCAGAAGAGGAAAAGAGCUGGUGCUCCAAAAUGUAGAAACAAUGAACUCAAUCCUGCUCCAGACAUCUUCCACUGGCUUCGUAUCAUUCUGCGUCACCGACAAUUUCGUCGUGACGAUCGAGACGCAAAGUAGGCGGCUUACUAAAUAUUUCGAGACGCUGUCUGUCUCUGACUCAGGAUUGAAUGAUACAGAUGGAAAUUCGACGUCAUCAAGCGACGUCGCGGAGAGAGUUUCCCUUCUCAACGUUUUCUCCAUUUCUACUGGACAGUUUCUUUAUCCGAUUGCCUUGAAUGAGCUCGAUUACGAUUAUGACUCAGAUGACGAGCCUGUCCGUCUAUUCCACAAUCAAAAGAACGAAAUCCUCGUCGUCAUCGAGCGAGAAAACAGUCUCAUACCGUCCAUUCAUCAAGAAAAAGGCGUAAUUUCUCUCGUAAUCCGCGACGAAAAAAGCAAAUCAAAGGCUUCAUUGCUCGACAAGGAGUUUGGACAAGGAAGCUUGCUGGAAUUCCUGAACAACGAGAAAGCCAGCUUGUCCAUUUGGCAUCCAGUUUGUACGCAAGGCGGUCCCUUGAGAAGGAAAGAGGAGUGUCACGAUUUCAGCACGUUGAAGGAUAAACCGACUAGUGUAGUUUCACCCAUCGACUCUGAGACGGUACAAAUCAAGUGCAAGACCGGUUACGUAACGCGGGCCGUCUCUCCGCGAAUCAAGCCCAGGUCUUACCGACAGUACCGCUCAUCCCUCUCCACUUCUCGCUUCUACACCAUCAACGAGCUUGUUUCGCAUUUCUGUGAAAUCUCUCAUGCAGGAAGACUUCUAAGAGUGAGCUUGGCUGACGGAACGUUACUACUAGAGCUAAAUGCUGACGCCCUACUGUACUGGGAAAAGCAUGACUCGAGAAUUUUAGCAGCAGAUUGCUGCUGGCCAAAGAUUUUAAUCGUCAUCGAGUAUGAAGAGAGCAUUUGGGCUAUCGAUACAGAAGAAACUAUCGCCUUCCAAACAGUUCUUAUAGCAUCCAUCGAGUCCGGCUCCUUGUGCGAUAUCAAAGUGUUGGAAGUGAGCCGAAGCGACCCGCAGGAAGUCUGCAAAGAAUGCGAAAGUCUGGACAAGCUUGUGCCCAACCGUGUGCCUGAAAGUGGCCCGCUUGUUUCUCAACUUCCAAUUCGAUUAAGCUCGACCGAGUCUUCUGAUGUCUUUGCCUCGGCUGUUUCUACCCAAGAGGCAGCCUCUGCACCCGUUCCUGUCCCUGUCCCAGUGGUGACCCCCGUCCCCUCCGCAGUAACCCCCGCCGCCCCAGUGCCAAAAUCCCCUCCCAAACAAUCCAUCGACCUUUUCGCCGACGAGUCUCCAGCCAAAGCUCCCGCCCCAACGAUUCAACCCUCGAACGGUGUCGCCAGCGCCCCGUCCGGCACCGUCAACGACAUCAAGAUCAUCAUCAGCGAUCCUCGAAAAGCGGGCGAUGGAAUUGGCGCCUUCAUCGUUUUUACCGUCAAAACUGAGACGAGCCGAAGUGGCUGGGGAGGAAAAGUGUUUGAAGUUAACAGAAGAUUUUCCGACUUUCUCGGCUUGUAUGAAAAGCUAGCUGGGCGAUAUCAACACAAGGGAUACUUCAUCUUCCCAGCGCCUGAGAAAUCGAUCUCCUCAUUCACUAAAGUGAAAAUCGGAAAUGAAGACGACAUGUUUGUCCAGCGCAGGCAGCAGCAGCUCCAACGAUGGAUCAACAACAUCGCCAAACACGCAGCGCUGACGAGAGAUAUCGACUUCCAGGGAUUCCUCACUCAGGAUACCAUCGCGCCAUCAACUAGCACUCGGGCUUUGAGUGCCGCUGGAAUGCUCCGUCUUGUCGGAAAAGUCGAGAAUGUGAUUACAAAGCAGGUCACUCAGAAGAUGCCAGAAACUGACUCUUGGUUCGAAGAUCGAUCUGCUUCCGUUGAAAACCUUCAGGCGCAGCUGAAGCGAUUGUCGAUGGCUUCCGGCAAUCUGUCGGUUCACAGGCGCGAGCUUGGCCUGUCAUCAGGCAACCUUGCUCGAGCUAGCAACAUGCUCGCCAAUGCAGAAGACAAACAAGACCUUUCAAGGAGGCUCGCAAAUGUAGGAACGAUCUACGAAAACCUGGGAGAAAUCUACACCGACUUGUCGGACAAAGACCUCUACGACUUUAGCGAGCUUCUCUCCGACCAGGUACGCGGCCUCGAUGGAAUUAAAAAUAUCCUCGAAGCGCGCCAGAAAAUGUGGCAAAAUUGGCAAUCGUCUGAGCAGGGUCUCAUGAAGAAGCGCGACGCGGUCACAAGGCUCCAAGCUACUGGCAGGACGGAGAAGAUCCCCGGCGCAGAGCUCGAAAUUAAAGAGUGGGAAACAAAAGCAGCAACGGCGAAAAAGGGCUUUGAAGACAUGAGCGCCGUGGCGAAGAAGGAAAUAAAUACGUGGGAAACGCAGCGUGUAGCGGAAACAAAGAUGUUCAUUCUCAAAUGGAUGAAGCACAUGCUCGAGGCAGAAAAGAAAGUCGUCGCAAUGUGGGAAAAAUACCUGCCGAAGACCCAGAAUGUCAAAUAA